AUGGUAAUUUGGAACCCAACUUUCGAUAAGGUGGACUACUCAACUACGUGCAUUGUCACUUUGUUGAACUUGAACCACAUACUCUCAACUUUUUACGGGAUGCCCGCUCUCCCAAGUCACACCCUUCUCAACAGAGCCAACACUAUCCAUCCAUCGCCAUCCUCGUCCGUUCCAGACUCCAAACACAAAGGAACGAAGAUUGCUGCUAGCACUAUUGGCGUUAUAGUGUUUCUGCGCUACAAAAGCGAGGAAGUAGAGAAGAAAAAACGACUCGCAGACCAAGAGGACUCUACCAAACUGCAACCACAACUACAGCCUCGGCUUCCCCCGAUCAAGGAGCACUCAACCAACUCAUUAGAGAAUGUUAUACGGAUCGUGAAAUAUGACUCACAGAACACCUUAGUCCCGUCGCAAGACCCUUCCCUGAAGAGCAGGAAAACAGAUCAAAGCGACCAAAGCUCUGGGGAUGUGAGGACACUGCCGGAGCUCGCGGCACAGAGUGCCCCCCGAACGUUUCUCACUUGCGGACCUAACGAGGGUAUUCCGAUGCAGGACCUCCGCAACAGUCAACAAAAGCUAGAUGCUAACGGCUCUGUCACUUCUAUCAAAGCCACGUCUCCGAUGCAGUCGACUGUUUCGCCGGCUGAAAUUGACAAUGCUCUCCAUGCAUAUGUUGAGGACAAAGUCAAGCAUGACUUGACCUUUGUCAUUGGUGAUGGCGAUGAGGACGAAGAUGAGUCGUUUCGCUUAUUGAAUAGUAUUGGCGCGGUGAACCCCUUCCUAUACACAUUUUCCUACCGAGCCAACAACAUCUCUCUGCCAGGCAUCCAAGUCUGGUAUUUUGUGAGCGCUUCUGACUAA